CUCCGUCACGUUUACCUUCCGCGAGCGCGGCGCCAUCGCGCAUCGUCGCCGCCACCGUUGCCGACGACGAUCAACGUCUUUCUCUCCCCCUCUUUCUCUCUCUCUCUCUCUUUCUCUCUCUCUUCCUCGAUAUAUAUCUCGUACAAUAACGUUGCGCGUUGAUUUCAAGCGUAUCCGAAGAGACGUAAAAUUUGAAAAACCAAGUGCGCGCAUCGAUAAGCGGGAAAGUGUUCCUCCUUCCCUCUCUUCACUUUCCGCGAUUCGCACUUUUGAAAAGUCGAGUGCGUGUUCGAGAGCCGCGAAAGGGGAAAAUGACACGACGAAAGUGAAGAUUCGAGCAAAUCGUGUGUACCACUGGCACGUUACCUUUGCGCGCACCUUUCCGUCGUCCUUUUCUCCGUCUUUUCUUCUGUAUUAUUUAUUGUUUCCUCUCUCUCUCUCUUUCUCUCUCGAUUUCUCUAUCCCGUUUCUCCCUCGUGCUCCACUCGUUCCUCUGCUCGUACUUCUUCUCCCUCUCCUCGCCUUUUUCGCACUCUCUUUCUCUCUUGUUCGCUCCGACCUCGUCUCGUGGGGUCAGUGUCUGCUCGAGCGGAUCCUGAGCAGGAACAUACCGGCGGACGAGGAGGAAGAGAAGGAGGAGGAGGAGGAGGACGAUCUCUUUCCCUCGGAGACUGCAACUCGCGCGCACGCACACACCACGUCCUUCAAGGAUCAUUUUCGAAGCGCUCCAUUUUUCGCGCCACUCAACCGCGGACGCGCGGCAGCGGAGCUAGGACGAUGUGACCUGACGUUGGCGACGGCAAGGGCGCCAUCGGCGAGGCAUCGUCGCGGGAUUGACACCGAGGCAGAUUGAUUUUAUUGCGUCGAUCGGACGCGCGCGCGACUUCGCCUGUGUCUCGUUCGCGGUGCAGAAAACUCUCUCUCUCUCUCUCUCUCUCUCUCUCUCCCUCGUUCGCUUCUUAUCACGUCGCUCCUCGCGUAGUAUCAUUCACCUUUUUUCUCGCUCAUUUCUUCGUCUCCUCCCGCCCUCCCUUCUUUCUCCGGUAUCAUUCCCCGUUUCCGUUCUUCUUUCGCGUGCCCUCGCACGCGCUUUUUUCAUCUCCUACUCCGUUCGUCUCUCUUUCUCUCUCACACUUCGCGGCCGCCGCUCGACGUUUCGCUUGCUCGCUCGCGCCGCGUGUUUUCUCGCGAGCGAAUACGAGAAAAAGGAGAAUCGGCGGGCGAUUGAUACCGCCGAGCGCGCGCGAGAGAGAGACACGCAUCGCCUCUCGGAGUUUGUGUUUUUGUUUAUCACGGACGGACUGCACCGGUAUAACUACACGCUGCACUGCGCUGCGUUGCACUGGUGCGCGAGAGGAAGUUGCAAGUUGAAGUUGCCGAUCGGAAGGACGAUUCGUCGCUGAAGGCGUUCGAGAGAGAUCGUUACGUCGUUCAGGAGUCAUGGCCUUCUGUUUUGUGAGAACAGAACAAAUUUCGUAGCUUGAGCCGAGCGCCGUGCUGCUUGGAUUUGUGCGAGGAUUACCGAUCUCGGAAAUUUCUUCGAGGAGAAAAGGAAGGAAAGGAAGUCUUUGAAGAAGAAGAGACGUAUAAGAACCCGAAGACUUAAAAGGCGGAGAUAAACGAUGGACUAUGAGGAAACGCGGCUGGUAGUAGACGAGCGGUCGGCCACGCUUGCACCCUAUCGUCGGUCGCUGUUGUCGACGAGUUCCCGGUACGUCCAAUCCCGAAGCAAGCGGCAGGUGUUACGUGCGACAGCAGACACGAGCUCGAUAGGUACGAUAAUCGGGGGUGGCCCGGUCGUUGCCGCCGCCGGGCCGGCGAUGCGACGAUGAGCUCGCCGAGGGUGCUGCUAUCCCUCCACACCCGACCAAAGCCCCGUGUAAUAGCAAGGCCGGGUAGUCUCGAAAACUGCAUCAACGAGGCCGAGCGACGAGGAGCGGCAGGCGGUUCAAGGCCGAAACUAUCCGCGUGGCCAUGGACCACGAGGCGAAGAACGGAACCGGCAGCAACGACAACGAGGAGUACACCAAUAUUUACUUCAUCGUCGGCGACCGUAGGGAGACGGCCACUUACAAGGCGAACCAGGUCACGGACAUGGAACUCAAGGGCUUCUACAAGCUUCCAGAGCCCAUCUAUACGGAUUCCUGCCGCAGAUUGCAGUACCGUCGGAAGAGUGAUAGUAUGAAGCGGAAAGUUCGGGAGAAGUUCCUCAAUAUCUGUGACGUAACGGUCUCGUCGAACGUUCGCGAGUGGUUACGUUCGCCAGCCUUCGACGCGCGACAGUGGGAAGACGAGGAGCUGUUGUUGAUGCUGCAAACGAUGUUCAUCGAGCUCAACCUACCUCAAAAAUUCAAUAUUCCCUUGCCGAUCCUGAGGAACUUUCUCUACGAGGUCUACAAUAACUACAACGAGGUGCCGUUUCACAAUUUUAGGCACUGCUUCUGCGUGGCGCAAAUGAUGUACGCGAUAGCCUGGGCAGUGGACCUUCCGUCGAAAAUUGGCGACCUCGAGGUCCUCGUACUGAUUGUCUCCUGCAUCUGCCACGAUCUCGACCAUCCGGGCUACAAUAAUAUCUACCAGAUAAACGCGCGGACCGAGCUGGCGCUGCGCUACAACGAUAUCUCGCCCCUGGAGAAUCAUCAUUGCUCUGUGGCAUUUCGAGUCCUGGAGGCGCCCGAGUGCAAUAUCCUUGCGUCUUUGGACAAUCCUACGUACAGAUUAGUGCGCGAGGGAAUCAUAAGAUGUAUCCUGGCAACCGACAUGGCCCGACACAACGAGAUCCUUGGCCAGUUCAUCGACAUCACUUCCGAAUUCGAUUACACCAGCAAAGCGCACAUAAAUCUGCUGUCCAUGAUCCUGAUCAAGGUGGCUGACAUAAGCAACGAGGCUCGACCGAUGGAAGUUGCGGAACCGUGGCUGGACAGAUUGCUUCAAGAGUUCUUCAAGCAGAGCGACGCGGAGAAACUCGAAGGUCUCCCAGUCACGCCCUUCAUGGAUCGCGAUAAAGUGACCAAGCCAUCCUCUCAAGUUAGCUUCAUCGGCCUAGUUCUCCUCCCUCUUUUUGAAGCUCUCGGCGAACUUCUACCCGAGCUGCAGAGUCUCAUAGUUCAACCGGUCAGGGAAGCUCUGGAAUACUAUCGCAAAUUGAACGAAGCGGCCAAAGACGAGCGUCAUCAUCGGAAGAGUGUCGUGGAUGUCGGGGAGUCAAAUUUGUCUAACAUGACAACUGGUACUGCGUCUACCACCGUUAUCAAGUCUACGUCGUCAUAUAGCAUGCGCUCAAAAAAGUCGGCUACAACAAUCCAUUCGCGUUCACGUUCCACCGACGAUGAUAUCACAGAAAACUUGACAAUGGAAGAAGCAGACAACAUCGAGAGCUCCGAUCCGGAAACGGCCACAGAGGUGGAGAUCAGUGAAAAAACGCUCAAAUUCAAAAUCUCUACGGAAGGCACGUUGGCCGGCCCGACCUCCGGUCGCAAGAGUUAUCCCGGUAGUCGGAAGGGUAGCCGAGAGAAAUCCUCGUUGGAUUAUCACAAUCACGAUCUGGCCAAAGCCGUCCGGGAUCAUGAACGCGAGAGGAGGCGCAGCAAAGGCGAGAAUCUUGGCAGUGAUCUAAGCUCGCCGGUGAGCGCGAGAUCUGCCGAAGGUACGCGAAUCCUCGAGGAAAUGGAAAAGGAUACGGUUUUUUUAGACGCCAAAAUUGAGUGCAAAACGCCCGAGGGAAACGGCAAUGUCGUCGCGGCGGAGGCCCACUCGCAGCCGAAAAACAACGUGAGGAAAUCCAGCAGUGUGAUAGAGUACGAUCAGGAGAACAGACCUUGUCGCAAAGAUGCGCACAGUAGUCGGGAAUCGAUCGGUCUGCGAUGUUGCUGCGACGACAAGACUGGGCCGAAUAACAAGUCUAUAUUCUCACGACUGAGAAACUUUACGGACCGCCUGAGCAUGAGCUUCGACUCCAAGGACUCGCCCAGUCUGAAACCGAAGCACGCGUCGAAGAUGCUCAACAAGAGUAACUCGAUUAGCAGCGGUUCGGCUACGACCAUCUCGUCGAGGCACAACAACUCUUUGUUCAUUUGUAAGCGUUGCAAUCUGGUCAAGUCCCCGAUAAAGGACAAGGCGGCCAUCGCUACCAUAGUGGAGUUGUCACCGGUGGACAAACGAGCGAUGACUUUGCCGAAGAUUCGAAAGUCUACGGAUAGUAAGAAUAGAAGUUGGCGGACAGUAUUUGCCAAGGAAAAAAGAUCGUCUACCUCUUUAGAGGCUCUGCCGGCAGCAGGUUCUGGCUCCCGUUCGUAUUCUAAGCACCGCAGAAAUUUAUCGAAUCCCGAGGGUAAAUCGCAAAGCCUGAAGGAAACGAAGACUCGACAGGCUUUGGACAUCGAGUUUCAUGAGAUCGACGUUCGUUCGAAGAAUCAACAGCCUGAAAUCAUAGUCAAUCCCGACAAUACUUGCUGCGAUAUCGAGGAAGAUCUCGGCAAGGUGGAAAUCAGAAGAAGUUCGGCUAGCAUGGAGGACAUCUCCAAAAUGGCGAAACAGGCAGCGGAGACUAGCGUACUGGGCGUGCUGGAUCCCAAGAAAGCGGAGGAACGUCCUCACGGCAGUCUGGAUUCGAUGCUUUGCAAGCAAGUGUCCAAGUCGCGGAAGAAGCAUUCCACUGUAUUCUGCUCGCCCGCGUCAACAAAGAAGUCGUCGCCUGGACUGUUCUCGCGAUUUAAAUCCGGUAUGAGCAUCGACAGCACUCGGAGCAACAGCAACAGCGAUUCCUUGCACGAUCACGGCUCGCAAAGCGGCUGGAUAUCCUCAUUGACAGCCAGCUUCCGGCCGAAGAGACAUCCGAACGAAACGCCGCUGUCGCCACAUCCACCAAGGUCGCCCAGCAGAGAGGAGAUCAAGUGAUACGUCCUGGUGGUCGAGGAUUCCUCUGACAAGAAGCUCGGCCUCCGUGGCUGGUGGCCUGAGAACUUGUUCUGCUGUAAUAGCUAAAACUCGAGCGCAAAAGUUCAACAUCUAGAGAGGUUAAUUUAGACCCAGAAGUAUCCGGGAAUAUAUAUUCGCCAUCGUAUUCAUAACGCGUGAAAAAAGGUAACUAGUAAAAUGAUUUUUAAAAGAUUUUUUAAGAGGUUUAAAUUUUCUAACGUAUUAUCUCGCGUGCUUCUCAUCGCGACAUUAAUUGUCGCUAAUAGAUUAAUACUGAAUAAAUCUCCGAUCGAACGCCUCGACGAUAUUCGAUGAAUCUAUUUUGCGAAAUAAAAUGUAUCAUAAAUUCUCGCGAGUAAUUCGCAACGGUCAAUCGCAGCAUACAAUGCGUCUGUAUUAUACGAAUUAAAUAUUUCUCCGUAUAAUUAAAAACGGUCAAUUUGAACGGUCAAUGAACGUAAUUUGCUGGAGCACGCCACUUACCAAGAAAACGUUACGUAUAGGUAAUAUAUGAUUGUACCGAGUGAAUUAAAUACUUCUUGCGGAGGGAUCCUCAGACCGACCAUGAUUUCGUGUCGACUUUCAGUGUUUCACGACGAAUUCACAAAAAUCGAGAUACAUUUAUUUGUGAAGGGCACCUACGGCCUGUGGAAUACGAGGAGAUGUACGCUAUAUACAUAAACUAUUUUAUUUAUUGUCCAAUUAAAGAAUAGCCUAACGAGUAAUCAUUCAUGUUGUUCGUUACUAUACAUAUAUAAAUAUAGGUAAAGUGCAGAUGUAUACAAAGACGUAAGGAUAUACACAUAUCCAUCGUGCAUAAAAAAAAAUAUAUAUAUAUACAAAUCUAUAUACACACGAGCAAGUGGAUAAUUAUAAAUAGAUGAAAAAAAGAAGAAGAAGAAGACAAACAAGUAGAUAUGUAAGCGUGGCUCUAUCGUAUCGAUGUACGAUUAAGUUUCAGGAAUUAUGUGUAAUCAAGAAUGUGAGGUAAGAAAAUACUCUGUGUCAGACCAUUUUUAGAAUAUCUUGAGAAUAAUCAUGCGUUUUCAGACAAUAUCAAAAUUCCUUAAAGAUUUUAUUUUCUGAAAGCGCGUGAUUUAUUGCAAGAAAAUUCUGAGAGAGAGAGAGAGAGAGAGAGAGAGAGAGAGAGAGAGAGAGAGAGAGAGAGAGAGAGACGUGUAUAUAUUCACGAAUCCUAGAAUAUUCUCAAAUUAUUUUCAUUCUCGCAAAGAUUAUUUUCAUCUCAUAAAACUAGCAGUUGCCACAAAAAAGAAAAUGGGAUAGUUUUGUCAGAAUAAUUACUGCACCGUUCGUCGAGACGAUUCACACGGUAGAAAAUCUCGUCGAUUUAUUUUAUUUGAUCUCGUUUGAAGAACGCUUUCGGAAAGAAUAGUGUCACUAUCUUUUAUAUCUAGCUGCGUUACUAAAGUGCAAUCCAACUUGGAAAAUUAUUUGUAUUACUUUUCAUUGACGUAUUAAUUAGAGAAGACAGACUUCUGUUUGAUAUUUUUCGAAAGAAAUUGGCGCGAAACUUUUGCGAAACGUUUCUUCGAAUGUCAAACGCAGUGAGGAAGAGCACAUUUUGACAAAAGAAAGUAUGCAACUUUCUUAAUGGUUCUCUCUUCUCGACGAACUGUCCUCCCUUGUGAUUAUUUCAUUUAAAAAUUCAAACGUGUAGUUUCAGGUUUUUGGCACGCAUAAACGCAUAUGAUUAUUCUGUAUGGCGUCCUGCUUUUCAUUUUAGUUGUUUAUACUUUUAUACUUUAUCAAAUGCGUUUAUACGGCGAUUAAAGAUCGUAUGUAUUGUUGAAAUCUAGUCUUACGUUAUCUUCUUCAAAGCAAAAGUUGGUUUUGGGCGCGUUUUAUUUUCUGCAACGCAGAGGAGAAAUUCGAUGUGUGCGCGAAUGAGCGAGCAAGCGAACGAACGAUUCUGCCAACUAUUUGAUUGAUUAUUUAAGAAACAAUUACUAUUUUCCUCUCUCUCUCUCUUUUUUCGUGCCAUAGAAUCAGGACUCGUCGAUUAAACCAAAUGGAAUUAAACGCAUGACGACACAGGCGUAAAAUCGUGUGUAAAAUAAUUAAUUUUAGUUUUAAACUUUAUAUAAGCAUGAAUUAAGAUUGCGUUAACUGUGCGUGAUCUUUUUAUUCGGUAAAUUUCCAAAACCGGUUAAUUAUAUCAGACAGUACAUCUUUUAUAAUCCUUCCUUCGAAAUUAAAUUAGUGUACUCAUUUUCCUACGAUAUUUCCUAAGAAAGCUGCUAUCAAAAAAGUAACAACAAGACUUUAAGGAAAGAAAAAGUUUAAACGCGCGCGCGAAUAAAGAGAAAGAUGCUAUUAUAAUUAAAUGGCGUCAGUGUAUGUAGCAACGUGCACAUUAUAAUAAUAAUCAAAUUUUUAAUUGGCGGUAUGAAUGAGAAAAGGGAUUUAAUUUUGAUUUUCAAAUUAAGAUUAUUGAACAAUCAUAAAAAUAAAAUUUUUGAUGCUUUUAAAAAAUUUUGUUUUAAUUAAAUUUUGUUAGAAUUAAUAAAAUGCGAAAUAAAUAAAUGAACAGUGCAAAAUUAAAAAAUAUGUAAAAAAUAAGUGGUUCUUUUAUUUUCUUAUCUUAAAGAAUACUAGACCAAACUAUUAAUAAAAAUAUAAUUGGACUGUGCUUUCUUUGCCAAAUUAUAAAUUAAAUCUGAACGGAAUAAUCAAAUGUUUUCUAAGAGCUUAAUUAUGUCUAUGAUAUUUUAUAUUUUGGAAAAAAUUAAAUGCACUUUUUUCAUUCAUAUCUCUUGCUCUUUGUGCCUGAUCGUUAUUAAUGUUCAAGACCGAUAUCAGAAAAGGUACUCAAAUAGUUAAACAUUUUUAAAACUUUUUCUAAUUAUACCAGAUAGCGAAAAAAGUCCAACUUCUCAAUUUUAAUGUUUCAAAUGUCGUACAUACAGAAACGGUAAUUAUUUAAUAAAAGCAUUGUUACGUCAAACGAAUGCUUGUUACGUAAAUAUGAAACACGUAAAUUAUUUCACCUUUUGGAACUGUCUGAUAUAUCAAAUAUCUUUUUUAUAAAAAAAGCAUCUUUUUACAAUGUUCUUUAAAAUCGGAUAUUCUUUUUCAAAACUCAUGUUUAUCUACAAUUUUUUACCUGUUCGACUUUUUCGACUAUUUUUCCGAGACUUAACUGAAAUAACAUAAUCAACUUUCAGAAGUAAACCAAAAAAUGUGUUUAAACUAAAAUCUAAGUUUCAUAAAACUAUGGAAUAAAAUUCGAUUUUUUUUGCAAGAUCGUCGAAAUGUUGAUCAUCGCUUUACCAGUGUCUAAUGAUUAGAAAUGCAUAAUAAAUGAAUAGAAAUAAAAAUAAAUUUAUGAAAAGGAAUGCAAUGGGCCAAUCGAGCCGUAUUGUGCGGCAUCGUUUUACUCGUCAAUUGAAUCUUUAGUCCCACUAGAAUUUUUCUCGUAUUCCAAUUAUCGUCGUCAAUUAUCGGAAUAAAAUACAUUCAAACUCGUUCGCAUAAUCCAUUUUGGUCUCCAUUUCCAUUGAUUAACAUUGAGGAGAAGAAAUCGGUCCUAACGCUUGGUUCUAUUUAUUUUUAUAUUUUUAUGUUAAAAUUAUUGAUUUAUUGUGUAUACGACACUUUUGUUUAACCAAAGUUACCAGUUUCUAAAAAGCUCCAUUUUAGAAUUAAUAGUAUUAUAUAGUUAGCAUUCACAGGGAAAUAAUAUGAAAGGAAACUGUUAGAAGUUUUGCUUCCGAAGAAAGUUUUCACUUCAUCUAUGCUCACGUUAUUCAAAAAUGAGACAGCUUGACGCUAAUAGAAAAUAAACUGCUUUAUUAUUUAGUUGUCAAAUUUAUUUUUACAUCUAAUGAUUAUUAGUGAUGGUUAAAUUAUUGAGCAUUAAACAAAUAAUGUGCUAAAAUUAAUUUCACAAUUACUAUUCAAAAGUAAUCCGCUAUGAUAACGCCAUUCCUUAUUCGGAUUCUUUUUUUGAGUUUGAUAAUUAUUAAAAUAAUUAACGAGAUUAAAAUGUUAUUUCCGCAGUGAUGUGUGAGAUGUUCGUAACUAAACCUCGAUACACAGUGUACGCAUUUAAGUAAAACGCGAUUGUAAAGAUGUUAAACACAAAUAGUGCAGCUUCGUUGACAACAUUUUCAAAUUGUAACUAAUAUUAUUUUUAAACAAACAGCUUCGUGUAUCGUAGCGAUCUUGAAUUCUAAUACGAGUCCUCUCGAUGUGCGUUCUUCGUGAACUCGAAUAAAUUGGCUCACGUGAACGAUUUCGUGUUUACAAGGUCCGUUCUCCGUCUCUCGCCGUCCCUUUCCCAUGAGGCGUUAAAUUAAAAAUCACCGAUUGCCAGGAGAAAAAAAAA